AGGGCAAAGAGAUUCCAACUAAAUUGCAAGACUCGGCGAUAAAGCUUAUGGAAGAGGGAGAUUGGGAUGACCUUGGUCCAAAAUUAGCUGUACAGCUUACAGGAGAGGCUACUCGUGGUGGCACACACAAUGAUGAUGAGUAUCGAUGGGCUGGUGUGGAAGAUCCCAAAAUUGUUAUCACUACUUCUCAUGAUCCCUCAGCCAAACUCAAACAGUUUGCAAAGGAAAUGAAGUUACUGUUUCCAAAUUCACAGAGGAUGAACAGGGGAAAAUAUGAGAAUAAACAGUUAAUAGAAGCCUGUCGAGCAAAUCAAGUCACUGACUUCAUAGUUUUGCAUGAAACCAGAGGCAGACCAGAUGCAAUGGUGAUCAGCCAUUUACCGUGUGGACCAACGGCAUACUUCACUUUGGCUGAUGUUGUUAUGCGUCAUGAUAUUCCUGAUAUUGGCACUAUGUCAGAGCAGUAUCCUCACCUAAUUUUUCAGAACUUCAAAUCACCAUUAGGUGUUCGAACUACAAACAUUUUGAAGUACUUGUUUCCUGUCCCAAAAGAAGAUAGCACUCGUGUUGUUUCAUUCGUCAAUUGGGAUGACUGGAUUUUAUUCAGGCAGCACACUUACAAGAAGAUUGAUGGGGGAAAGGAUUAUUCCCUUCAAGAAAUUGGCCCCCGCUUUAGUAUGAAAUUGUAUCGUAUUAUCCUGGGAACCAUAGCCGAAGAGGGGGCUGCUGAUACAGAGUUUAUUUUGAAACCUUACAUGAACACUGCAAAGAAAAGGAAAUACCUCUCGAAUGAAGAUCCUUGGUAAUUUGCUGAGUAAUCUGGAUGAGCAGUCCCCGGUUAUCAGUGGACUCCGUUAAUGGCGAUCCGGUUUUAAGGCACCAUAACCAGCCGAGUUUUGGUUAUCGGCGCCUUAAGGUGCUGAUAACAGAGAGUUAUGGCGCCAUAACAUACCUAGUAGAGGCGCCACUAACCAAAACUCGGCGCCAUAAGCACCAUAAAUUGCUGAGUUUCAGUUAAUGGCGGUUUUUGCUUACCAGCACUCCGCCCGAGAAUGGAACCCUCGCCGAUAACCAGGGACUUAUUUAUGUCAACUUAAUUGAAAUACAUUGUUAUGUUUCAGUA